CAUGGACGGUGAAAACAAAUUUUUGUGUAAAUUUUGUUAAAAUUGUUCUUAUUUUACUUCACUACAUGGAUAUUAUUUAAAUGGACGUUAGUGGAAUAUAGAAGUAUCGAACAUGAGAAUAAACGUGCAAUUGACAAAGGAGCCAAAACGUAUCCUUUUUUGUACUGAAUGUCAGAGAAUUAUACCACUUUCAUUCUUUCAAAUAUACGGAAUUAUGUCAAAUAUCUUUACUGGUUUUUAUCAGGGCUUUCACUCAAUAUUACACUAUUAAAAAGAAUAUUAGAAAAUAUAGUGCUGUAGUGACCUAAUGCUUUCCAGCAUAUUAUAUGUAAAACAGGUCGAAUUAUAUAUAUGCGCCAGUGCAUAUGUAGACUUCGGUCAUACUAUUAAAUACGACUGACUGUGACUCAGAUGAAGUGUCGAACACACCAGAAGCUUUGGUUUGCUGUGCCUUAGAAGGCUGAUGGAAUUCAAUUCAACACACCAAUUUGUGGUCAAAUGCAUUUGAAAAAUACAAUUUUUGUGUGGUAAUGAAGAUUGAAGACUGGCAGACACUGGCUGCUUCACAGGCUACCAGAAUCAAAGAUAAAUGGCUACAAGGAUGUUAAAAUUAUGUCAAAAUUUGCCUGACAGUGUGUUACAAUUCACUGAAGAAAAUAAUCACCCAGCAAUGUGUGUAGUGAAGGUACUAAAUAAAUUCAACUGCUCAGCUAAUUACACCAUAUGGUAAAGGACAACUAGUUGAGUGAAAAUUCCACCAAUUAUUGUGGCCCGCAUGUCACUUGGUUUCAGGUGUCAUGGGUAGACGGGCAUGGUUGCGGGCUGCUCGUACAGGCUGAUACAGCGUGCCAAUAUGGCGUCUGUUGUCACACUAAUUAUUGAACCAAAUUGCCUAAAUUCGUCCAUAGGAAACACACAUCUCUAGUUAAUAUUGAUGUUGGGACUCGACUGAAAAUCGCCCAGAAAAAAAACUGCCAAAACCACAGAAAAAACAUUUUUAAAUGUAUUUCCGACCUACUGACCCUAGUUUUUCAGUUGCCAUGUUUACUUAUAUUCGCGACCUCCAAAGUCAUCUACAGAGACAUACUUCCAGUAGUUGCAAGUUGAUGGAACAAGGUUGUUAACCAUCACAAGAGAAAGGAUAGGGCCAAGCUUAGCACCUUGUAAGACAUUCAUUGGCAUUAACCCUGGUCCAUUCGGAUACCAACUCACCCAACUUAAUAAGUUGGGUGAGAGUUAACAUAUUGCUAGCGAUUGGAUAAAAAUCUGCAUGUGCACGAUAAUAAAGAUAGUUGUACUCCCAAAUGGAUCAAUUUGGCAACUAAGAUGUUAAGAUUAAUGCAAUCAAUUGACUUAGGAAAGCAGCUGAAAUAUGCCAAAAGUUUCAACUAAAUAAAGCACAAAAUCUUGUUGCUCUUGUAUCUGCUUAUUAGGUAGGCUGUAAACAAUUCCUAUUAUAAUACUAGUCAUGGUUCUUGGAAGACAUGGUAGGGUCAUAUCAUUCCACAUACAUUUGAAAUUUCACAACUGCAUUAAAAGUGGAUUAAAUCAAAUAGGCUGAAUAUUUUGUUUUUCAAUUGCCUCGUACCAAGGCUGCCAUGGUUUGCUCUGGUGUUGCAUGGUAGUUGUGAUUACAGUACUUGAAAUUCUGUGGUUGACUUCCUUCUAACCAAUGCACCUGGAUAAGGCAAGUCAAAAUUAAUACUGAGUAUUACUGACAAUUUUAUAAUUAAUUGACAGAAUCAUUUUUUCGUACGCACAAAAACAUGCAAACAAAAUUCAUGCCAAGAAAAGAUAUACAACAACGAGAAAGGCUUGGGCACCAUAUAGAAUAACUGAUCCCUGAGCAACAAUCAAACUCACAGUCUGUCUAUCUUAAAUGAAGUGAAAGGCAGUUCCUCUGACAUAUAAUUUCUAACAGUCUGUGCCAGUGUAGGUAGUGCCAAUGACAAGAAAGGUGUGGAUUGAUAGGGAUACAACUACUGUUGCUGAAAAAUUCAAGGAGAACUUCAAGGUUUCAAGCAAAGGCCUUUCGUCGGGAGGUUAAUAGCGUCGCUCGAAACGUCAAAGUUCUUCUUGUAUUUUUCAGGUAGUUGUGUCCUUAUCAAUUCCGCAGCUUUAUAAUUUCACUAAAGCUAAGAAUCAAAUCUACUGUAAUACUGUAUAAUAACUAUAAUGACGCUUGUGGUGUUACUCUAAGUGUAUAUACACACCAGGUAAGCUUGAAAAAUAUGCCUGACCACGGUGGGAAUCGAACCUACGACUUUUGGAAUACUAGCCCAAUGCUCUGCCAACUGAGCUAUGCGGUCAGGUCGGUUCGAGUAUGUGAUAUUUCGGAACAGAAUCUAGUUCCUUCGAUAUCAAUGUAAUCUAGUAAUAUGAUUUUUUUCUGUUUUGCUGUAAUGUACUCAGGUGAAUAUGAUGCUUGUGAUGUUACUCUGAGUCAGUGUAACACUCAGAGUAACAUCACAAGCAUCAUAUUCACCUGAGUACAUUACAGCAACACAGAAAAAAAACUAUAAUGAUGCAUGGUGUUACAGGCAUGUUUCUUUGGAUGGAAAUCGAUGCAUGGAAUGCUGUAGAACUUAUUAUUAUUAUUAUCUUCAUAUUUAUACAGGAUACCCACAUCACCGAAGUGUUUUUCAGUGGGGUCCUGCAACUUUAAAUUACAUUAUUUAAUCCAAUAUUUAGCCAUGCACUAUUUACAGCAACACAUAUACAAUGAAAAUUAUAUUAUUAUUACGUAUAUCUUAUUAUUACGUAUAUCUUAUGAUACGUUUUAUAUGCAUAUAUAGGGAUAAAAAAACGUCUGCACUCUGCAGUGUUUCGAAACGCCCAACUUUUGCAUAUACUUUUGAAGUAGUUGUAUCUCACAUCUCAGCUGUUUCAAUAUCGUCGCAACGUACACUGCCCCCGACUGUUGUUUCGACAUCAUAUAUAGGAUUGCUUUUCAUUGUGAAGCUCGUUAUUAUGGUGUGUUUCACUUACAAUGUGGCCUGCACUAUCAGAACCUCAACUACUGUGUUAUAGCGAUGCUAGAAAAUAUAAUCCUCCUUAAUGAACAUUAGACAAAGAUUUGGUGAGCUGUGUUGGCUGGACUGCUGCUGAUGAACUUUACUCGUGUGGGUACGUAAUCCUAAUUUUUUCUUCUAGCUGACCUAAAAGUUCCUCGGCUAUCAGGCAUUUAGCCAGGCGGCCGUCCAACCGUCCUAUGGACGGUUUAUACGGCCAAAUUUUGUGAUAUUUCUUGAAUGACUCAGAAGUUGUCGCUGCUAUUUACUUUAUAUAUUGCAAAGACUGUGAAUUAUGAGCAUUGAUUAGAACCUAGAGUUCACUGAUUAGAACCGCCAUGUUUUCUGACCACGUCAUCAAAAAUAGGUUGCCAUCAGUGGUUGCCACACCCACGGUAUUUUUUUGGACACUGAGUUCUGACACCCUGGCUAAAAAAUGGCUGCUGGUUGUUGAGGAAAAUUAACUGUUACGUUGAGUACAGUGCACUUAGUCUGAUGACCUUUUCUUAACCUUAACAUUUUUUAUUUUACAGAGAUGAUCACAUAGUUCUGAAGUGGAAUUUACUCUCUGACGAAACGUCUGAAGUAAGACUAUAAUGAAAUAUAAGACGGUUUUAUUAUAAUAGCAAAUAGGAACCAUGCAUCAUGACUGCUUUUUUGACACUGUUUGAAUGCUGCGGUUAGACUAGCGUGGCAAAGGUGAUUCAGGUUAACUUCCAAAAGGUAAAAAUUAUAAAAACAUUCUCAAAACACACUACUGUACGUUCCAAUUUAAUGCAAAUAUUAGCAAGAAAAGUUUCUAAAUGUGAAGUCUAUGAUUGAAUUUUUGAAAAAGUCUCGAUUGAGAAAUGACUAAGCAAUGAAGAUCUUCCAGCUGAUCAUUAUUCUACGCCUGGGUAUUUUUAAAAAUGAUUAUUUCCCACUUUCAAUUAAUUUCUAUUGUAUUGAUAACAUUGAUCAACUAAUUAUGUGAUAUUCACGUAGCAUGCAGAUUCAGACCUGUCAACUCAUCGGGUGAUACUUUUUAGCAAAUCUCCGAUCGUCUGAUUGAAGAUCAUGUUGUUCAGGCUUUCUUGCAUUUUCAAUUUUAGUUGAUUGGACAAAUCAGAUGCAUGUAUACGUUAGAGGCUCCUGAUCGUGAUACAAACAGUUUAACUAGGUUGUGUGUUCUUGUGAAACCGCAUUGUUUUACCUUGAUAUUAAAUUGACUGUGGAAGCAGGAAAAUAAAUAAAGUUGUCGCAACUUCGUUUUAAGUUCAUUAUUUGGGUACAAAAAAUGUAAACAAAGCUGACAUGUGUAAACGGACUGUACAACAUCUUUAAUUAAUAUUUUUUUCCCAAUCUCCAGAUUUUGUUCAGGCAAGGAGUGAUAUAAAGCAUUUUUUUCCAGGUGACCACAUUACCUGACGAACUUUAUCCAACAGAUGUCCACUGGUUUCCUAAGAGUAUUGGUGCGAAGAAACAACCACAAAGUGACAUAUUUGUAUUGACUGCUACAGAUGGUACGAUGAUCUCUAGUAUAUACUGGAUAAUCAGGACCUACAUUGAUAGCAGUUCAUGUUACUGAUGCAGUUCCGCCUGAAUAAAUAUAUGGAUAAAUUCACACACUAUAUAUAUUACGUUUUUCACAACAUCGGUGGCGUAUUUGGCAGAGGGUGCACAUAUUUACGUGAUUCUGAGCUUUUUAACAACCAUUGCUUAAUGCUGGCUAUUUUUGAGAUUCUAGAGAGAUUGCAGGAUGGGCUGCCCACUCUUUUCACCCUAAUUUGCUCUCCAUAUUAAGAUCAACCCAUUGUGUUUUACAAACUAUACAUGAUUAACUUAGUAAAAGCAUGUUAUAUUACACAAUGCAGUGUGAGCAAAAGUUCCAGAAGAGAAACAGUAUCUUAAACCUCUCAGUGUUUCAAUUGCAAAAAGCUUUACAUGUUUGGACAUAUAGUUCGUUUGUCUCAAAUUAGUCAUUAUUUUCUAAAAGGGAAGUUUCACUUUAUCUCUCGGAGUGGUCGUGUGGAGAAGUCAGUGGAAGCGCAUAGAGGAGCUGUUCUGUCUGCUCGUUGGAGUCAUGAUGGGACAGCAUUGGGAACAGGUUUGUUGUGUACACUGCAUGAAAAUUCAGUGUUUUUAAGAGAGUUUGGCGAUGUUUUAUAAGAAUCACCGUGAUUAUCAUCUUGUAAAUUAUCGUAAUAUUCGAUAUUAUCACGAUAAAUUCAACAAAAACAUUGACCACACAGUUUCGAUUGUAAUUAUAAGAUAUAUCUUAUAUCUUAUUAACAACAAAUUAAAGAAAAUAUAAAAAAACAGUUAUUAUAUAAGUUCAUUUCAUAAACCUCAACUGUCGUAUUGCAAUAACGACAAGACGGAAAACUUUCAGAAAAUAGUAUGUUUCAAUUUUCUAUGAAAAGUUUACUUCAAAUAAUUAAAUUAACUAUUUUCGGUUUUAUAAAGCAGGGUUCGUAGCGGUUUUUAAUUAAAGUAUUUAAAAGUCUUUAAAAUUAAUUCUUUAGUGAGUAUUUGAUUAUACGAUUUCCUAGCUAAUAAAAUAGAUUGAUUGAAGAGCACGGUUUUCGCAAGUAUCGACGAAAAGGUACACUUUAAGAUGUGAUGUGGCGGGACUGAUUACUGGGCAAAAAUGGUGCUUAUACACUCGCAAUAUUUCGACAGCUGAUUGCUCUCAAAGGUCUUUGAAAAUAGGCAGAAAAAAUCUUUGAAAGUCUUUAAAUAUUUUUGGUCUUGGAGACUACGAACCCUGUACUAAAAGGCUAUAUACUGUACACAUGCAUGUGAACCCAUAUCACGAUAGUCAUUGACCAUAACAAUAAUUAUACCCAACUCUUAGUACAGUAUAUCUAAUGAAUGCUUAUAUCUGAAUGAAGAUAAAUAAUAUUCCCGGAUGAAAGGAAUGGGAAGAGGGAAGGCCCUUACUCUGGCUACUUUCUUGCUGACGAAAGGCCUUUUACUCAAAACGUCAAAGUUUGUUGUAUAUUGAUCAGGUAGCUAAACCCUUCAAUUUAUUCAUCGCUAUCUGGAACCCAACAAUAUUCAAAAAAUAAACUGUUAAUACGACUUUUACUUGCUUUGUACGGUCAUCAUUCUUUCAUUAUGAAAGAAACAGUAAACUUUUCACACAAUAAAUCAGUUCAAACGAUGCUCAAGGUGUUCUGGCUGUUCUACACCAUCACCCGUAUCCCAGAAUAAAGACACACAGAAGGUCGACUCAGUCUCAGCCACAAAAGCGUAACUGCUGCCACGCUAUGUUUCGUCAUCAAAAUGCUGACACCAUGGUCCUUGCCGGUGCGCUUAUGAGAGGCAUUCCCCCCCUGGACGUCCGCCAUUUUGAAUAUUAUCAGGGGGUGAAUGUUGGGGUGAAUGCUCUCAUAAGCGCACUGCAUGGCUAGGACCAUGGCGUCAGCAUUUUGAUGACGAAUUACGGUCACGCCAAAAUCAUAGAAAAAAACAAGAAAUUGGGCUUCUGUAUGGUCUCUAUUCUGUGCCCGUAUGCCUAACUGCGCCCUAUUGCCUCGAAGAACUGCCUGCCUUUAAUGUGUAGGAUCGUGUAGCUGAAUGGUGGUUUGUAUUCUUUUUUUAGUCGGAGAAGAUGGUCAAGUAAAGAUUUGGUCCAGAAGCGGAAUGCUUAGAUCAACAUUAAGUCAAGUUGGUAAGAACGUCGGAUAAUAACAUGCAUUCCCAGGACGUCAAGUGGAAUUACAAAAUUAACAAACAACUUACAUGCUUUUUCUUCUAUGUUUUUAAUAACGACGGCAAAACGAAAGUCUCUGUAUACGCAAUGUACACCAAUGCGUCCAGAUCACGCGCCAACGGGUACAUAUUUCAUGAAAUGGGAUUCAUGUUUUUACAUGAAUCCCAUUGUCCAUUAGGCGACUUUUACUCAGUGACUUCCAUAUAUAUCGGGAGCGAGAACUCGAGUCUAAAAAGUGAAGCCAGCUUCGUAUAACCGCGCAGACAAACUGACGUCAAGGUGUGUGCCGAAAUUUCGUAUUUUGACAUCGAUUUAAAGAUGAACUCGUCUGAUAACUUGGUUAGCGAUACGGGCCGUUAGAAAAAAACUGAAAUUAGCUGGGAAAAAUGGUAUAAAAGCUGUUUACGACCUUCAGAGCUAUUGGACGUCAAUGCCAUCUUGACUUCACUUUUCUCAUAGUCGAUUAUCACGUCAGUAAAGCGCGAUGCCCAUGAAGUAAAAAGUCGCGCGAACAAAUUACAGGAGCAAUUAUUAGCAACAAGUUAUACUCUGUCUGUAGGUUAACAAAUCAAGUAUUUGUUCCAUAGUUUAUACCAGUGUGUUUGCUUUAGGUACUCCUGUAUAUGCGUUAUGUUGGGCUCCGGAUUCUGACCACAUUUUGUACACCAGUGGUAGACAGUUGGUGAUGAAACCUUUACAAGCCGCUGCAAAACCCUUACAAGUAAGUAUGCAAUUUGGUGAGACUAUCUGAAAAAGAUAAGAAAAGGUCGACCAAUCCAUGCAAAUCCGUAAAUCAUGCAGCAUACUGAUCAUCCAACCAUCUCCUUGCGGACACCCCUUGUAAGUGGACAACUUUCGAUUGAGAUUGCCCGCUGUCGCCGGUAGGGGAAGAAUCAUUAGCUGUUCGAUGCAUCAUGCAUGCGUGUAUGAUUUAAUAUAUGUGCUUUCACAAAGUGGCUUUUCGCAUACUCAUGAUAAAAACUACUUAACAACUCUAAGACAAAAAUAUUUACAUCAAUAAUAUAUACAGUAUACAUUAAGGUAAAAUUUCAUAAAAAUGAUUUAACCGAUUACAAAAGACUGCAUAAUCUUUACUAUUUCUAACUUCUGGAGGUAGACUUUUAAAAAGAGUGCCGCAGUGUCCUGAAAAGUUCCAGUCAGAAGAUCUAAGUCAAUAUCAAAUAGUCAAAUGUGAAUAAUGAAGCGCCGUUACUAGUGUAAAGUGCCAUUGGUUUACUAGAAGAAAUGGCGCUAAAGUAUAUAAAUAUUAAAUACAGUAUUAUAUUAUUUUUCAAGUGGAAAGCCCAUGAUGGUAUAGUGAUGAAAGUGGACUGGAAUCCAAUCAAUAACAUGAUACUAUCCGGUGGAGAAGAUUGCAAAUAUAAAGUAAGUUAUUUCAAGUCAAAUUUAAUCAUGAACCUAUUAUUAUAUGUGGAAUCCAAUCAAUAACAUGAUACUAUCCGGUGGAGAAGAUUGCAAAUAUAAAGUAAGUUAUUUCAAGUCAAAUUUAAUCAUGAACCUAUUAUUAUAUGUGAGCCAUCUACUGUUAUCUUGUAUAACCUUACAAGUGCAGUUAUUUCUUUCAGAUCACUUCAAUUUCUAUAUUUCUUGUGUUUGGAUGGCUGAUCCAAACACGGGUUUCGACCAAUCAGAGCACGCGUUAUAUACAUGUUAUUUUAUAAAUCACUUUUCUAAUUUCUAUACUAAACACUUCACUUGGGCUCUUGCAAAUGACGUCACAACACUUAUUUGUUGACUUCCGCCUUUUGGGUGACAAAUUAAAAAUAGUUAAUUAAAAGGAAACAUGGCGUCAAAGCAAGCUGUGGCACUGACUGCGGCUGUUGCUUUUGUUUGAGAACUUUGAAGAAUUAUAACGCUCCACAGCUGUGUAGUAGUCGGUUGAUAGAAGAUUUUUGCCACCCAAAAUGGCGGAUUAUUUUUGAUACGUCAUACUGCAAGACCAUAAUGACGUCAAACGCGUAUGAAUACUUCUGCUCCCAACUUUCCCAAAAGGUGAUGUAACAUGGAACAAUUUUAAACGACAAUGCGCAUUGUAAACAGUUGCUGAGCCAAUCAAAGUUCAUGUAAGAUUAUUUGCAUUGCGAAUUGUCGCUAAACGUUGUCCCGUGUAACAUCGCAUUACGUGUUUAUCCGCGUUUGACGACAUUGUGAGAAAGUUGUAUUGAAUACCUAGGGCGCUUUCCAUUAACACGGCCAGACCGGUCAAAUUGUUGAAUGGAACAGAAAACAUUUGAGCUUCUGACCUACCUGACAUCAGAUAACAUUAGAAUGAGGUCCAUUUUCGCUAGAUAUUUGAGAAACAUAGACCAGAUCUUUCCAUUGAUACAGAGAAAAGAAUUCCGGUCUGACCGGUCAGACCAUUAAAUGGAAAGCGCCCCUAGUGGAAGCGCAGAAGCACUGUUUUAAACACUUUAAAGUAACGUGAAUUUCAAGUUAAUUACUGAAUCUUAUCGGUACAUAUAAUAUAGUUUAUAGUUAAGAUGUUAAUAAUCAUUUACAACGAAGCAAACUUUGCAACAGUAGCACAACAUCUUAUUACUUAGUUGGCAUGUUACAUCAUUUGUUCAAAAUUUGUUUCGAUUGUAUCAGUUACCAUAGAGCUACUGUAGGUCAUUUUGGAUUAUUAAAAUCUUAACGCAGAAUUGCUUGAAGUAUUUUUUAAAGUAAUAUGAAACUCGUGUCAUUGAUGCCAUAUAUAGACAUGAAUAUGUGGUUAGAGCUCAGCGACUCUGUAGUUCAGUUGUUUCGAGAUCCCAGGGCCGCAAGUUUGAUUCCUGCCAGAGGGCAUAUUGUUGCAUUUUUCGCAGCUGCUCCUGGUUAGGUCUACCUUAGAUCAAGGGAGGGGCAGAGUGGCCUAGCUUUAAACCGCUUCGCCCCUCCACCCGCCUGUCUUAAAACUCGCCUGAUACCAGAAAACCUCUGCAUCCAGGGUACUGUAGGUUAGGUCAGAGUGUGUAGAUCGCUAUAGCAUUAGAGCGUCUUUAUUAAAUAUAAACAGUCCGUCAUGUAAACAGUUGCAUAUUUACCAGUCCGAAAUAUGUUUUGCAAUAGAACACGUCAUGCUCAGUAAAUAUUUAUUUAUUAUAUUUGUUUACAAAUUUCGCCGCAGGGACAUGGGAUUCCCACAGAGUGAAAGUCCAAUAUUGCGCCAAAUAUUUAAUAUGACUUUCUUCAUAAUGUCCAUGAAAACUUUGUGACUGGCGGAUGAGUGAAUUUUGUAAUACGGCAAACACGUCAUAUUUUAGUAGUAGAACGUUCAGGCAUCCACACAAGAAAAGAAAAUGUAUAUACUAGAAAUAUACUUGUUGCAUAUUUCGGUAAGCCGAGUGUCUUCAUCUCUUCCUAUGUUAAUAAACAUAUGCAUUAAUGAAAUGUCAUAUUAAUACACAAUAUAUAAGCAUUAAUGAUAUGUCAUAUUAAUAAACAUAUGCAUUAAUGAAAUGUCAUAUUAAUACACAAUAUAUAAGCAAUAGACCAAUAAAAACAUGCCGUUGUGAACACAUAAGUAACGUACUUUACAUUUAUAAUAAAAUACUUUUAAUAUAUUAAGCUCUACUUAAUUAAUUUUGUACGUUAUUCUCCAAUAUGGCUUCAUUUGCGACAGAGCAUUUCGCACAGAAUACUAGUAACAAUACAAGCAGUGUGAACGAGAGAUAUUUAUUACUUGCCCAAGAUAAGGCGAUCUAUAUAACAAUAUGUGUGGUCCAAGUGUUACUGGGAUCUGUGCUAAACAGUUGUGUUAUCUACUUAUUUCAACGCAAUUCUCAUUUACUGGACAUCCCAGCCAAUCUUAUUUUACUCAAUAUGUCGAUCGUGGAUUUCAUUUCAUGUUUCCUGCUACUACCUUGCGAAAUGUACGUUACUCUUGAUGGAAAUAACAAUCGUGGCAUAUCAGGGAAUAUUACGCAUUAUUUCUUAUUUUUUACAUUGAAUGUUAGCAUCCUUGGAGCUGUCUUAAUGAGCGUGGACAGACUACUCUCAGUAGUCUAUCCUCUUCGUUAUCAUGCCUUGGUCACAACCUCAAGAAUUAUCUACAUCCUUGCAUUCGACUGGCUUCUAUCAUUUCUCUUAGGCGUGUCACUCUACACACAGCACUUGUUUAACGACACAACAAUUGAAUACUUUUAUUUUACAAAAGAUAUGGUUUGUUUGCUGAUCAUUUGUUUGUCAUACAGCGUCAUCUCUUACAUAGCGAACAAACAGGUUCGUAAGAUCACAGCGAAAGAUGGACAAACGGCUAGAGAAUAUCGUAUGAUCAUUUGUAAAAGAUCUUUGAAAUCAGCCAAGAAAAGUGGAGUGGUCGUGUUUUUCUUUCUGAUUAGUUAUGCACCGUACAAAUUGUUAGAAUUAUAUUAUAACUUUACCAGUAGUAAAUAUACAAAUGAAGCUUUCUUCUGGUCAUUUACAUUUCUAUUUUGGCAGUCUUCCUUAAACCCGUUGCUUGUUUGUGCGUUUUCUGAAAAAUUAAGAACCAUCGUACUCAAGACAUUUUGUCAUUCAAGUUGAAGAAUCUAAAUCUUUGAACUUCGCGACAUGUUAUAAAGACUGUACUCUGCAUGCUUUCUGCUCAAACCUUCUCGUACUGUACCGUACUGUACUGUACUGUACUGUACUGUACUGUACUGUACUGUACUGUACCGUAGCAUUUUCCUUUGUUGGCAAUCAUUAGGUCCACCCUAGUGAUCAGGAAAUAAAACAACACACUACGUGUGGAAAAAUAACAUGAAAAACUAUCGUGUAUGACAGGACAUUCAUAUAGAACUCGCCACAAACAGUAGAUCGAUCGAUAGAUAGAUAGAUGGUGUAUUUCAUAUAAACAUUACAGCCAUAUUUAUAUUUAUUUGUUAUAUAAUCAGCCAGAAUUACGCUUAUAUUUACAAGUUAAGAAAUAUUAUAAUACUAAAAGGAUCUAAGAAUAUUCUAAUAAUUUUACGAUGAAUAAUUUAAUGCAUUGUGUUUAAUUAAACUAUUUUUAAAACGGUAGUUUGAAAUGCAACGUUAAAUCUAUGACUGGAUCUAAGAGUCAUAUAAACAGUUUCAUUACGUGGUGGAAGAAGUUAUAAAGCUUGUGGCUAUCAUCAGUCACUGUUUUUUCAAAUAGUUUGUCUUAAGGACCGCCUCUUCGAUGGCUGAGUCGUGGAAGGCCAGUUGAUUGUAAAGCGUCUUCAUAUGAGACCCAAGGUAAAAUAAUUCAUAAUGCUGUCUUUUGGAUCCGCUCCAAAUCCUGACUGAGGUAAUUUGUCAAACCAUUAUGGAAUACAGGACUUGCGUAUUCUAGGAUUGGUCUUGUGCACGUUGUAAAGAAUAGAACAAGUUCUUUCUUGCCAACUCUCGCUCUCUUAAGUUGGGAGAGAAAAUAGAGAAUCUUUCUUUUGUUCCCUUGUUCGCGAAAAGAUUUCACCAUGUUCUUCCUUUGUUCUACAGGCUUACCCCUUGUUCUCCGGGCUUACAUGUUCCCUUGUUCCCCAAGCUUACAUGUCCCCUUGUUCUCCAGGCUUACAUGUCCCCUUGUUCUCCAGGCUUACAUGUCCCCUUGUUCUCCAGGCUUACAUGUUCCCCUUGUUCUCCAGGCUUACAUGUUCCCCUUAUUAUCCAGGCUUACAUGUUCCCCUUGUUCUCCAGGCUUAUAUGUUCUCUUGUUCUCCAGGCUUAUAUGUUCUCCAGGCUUAUAUGUUCUCCAGGCUUACAUGUUCCCCUUGUUCUCCAGGCUUACAUGUUCUCUUGUUCUCCAGGCUAAUAUGUUCUCUUGUUCUCCAGGUUUACAUGUUCUCUUGUUCUCCAGGCUUACAUGUUCUCUUAUUCUCCAGGCUUACAUGUUCCCUUUGUUCUCCAGGCUUACAUGUUCCCCCUGUUCUCCAAGCUUACAUGUUCCCCUUGUUCUCCAGGGUUACAUGUUCUCUUGUUCUCCAGGCUUACAUGUUCUCUUGUUCUCCAGGCUUACAUGUUCUCUUGUUCUCCAGGCUUACAUGUUCUCUUGUUCUCCAAGCAUACAUGUUCUCUUAUUCUCCAGGCUUACAUGUUCCCCUUGUUCUCCAGGCUUACAUGUUCCCCUUGUUCUCCAGGCUUACAUGUUCCCCUUGUUCUCCAGGCUUACAUGUUCCCCUUGUUCUCCAGGCUAACAUGGUCCUUUUGUUCUCCAGGCUUACAUAUUCUCUUGUUCGCGAGGCUUACAUGUUUCCCUUGUUCUCCAGACUUACAUGUUCUCCAGGCUUACCCCUUGGUCUCCAGGCUUAUUCCUUGUUCUCCAGACUUACAUGUUCUCCAGGCUUACCCCUUGGUCUCCAGGCUUAUUCCUUGUUCUCCAGGCUUACAUGUUCUCCAGGCUUACCCCUUGGUCUCCAGGCUUAUUCCUUGUUCUCCAGGCUUACAUGUUCUCCAGGCUUACCCCUUGGUCUCCAGGCUUAUUCCUUGUUUUCCAGGCUUACAUGUUCUCUUGUUUUCCAGGAUUACCCCUUGUUCUCCAGGCUUACAUGUUCCCUAUUAUUUUUCGGCUUUGUUUCCGUGUUCCCAUUGCAAAAAAGUCUUGUUCUCUUGUUCCUUAGAAACCCCUGGGAGACCCUCAUUGCACGCGCCUUUUGUGGAAACCAAUUUAGGUGACACGGUCAGCCAUUUGCCAUUAGGUAUCGUUUGCUUUUAUGUUCUGGGUAUCAGACGCAAUUCGGCGAAUAGGUCUUCCAGUAAUGAUUACACCAGUAUUUGCUUUACUGUGCUGAAUGUGGUGUCAUCAGGGCCGCCGAGAGAAUUUGCGGGGCCCGGCGCAAAUCUUCCCUGGGGGCCCCAUGAUAGCAUUAUUUUAAGCUAGACUUAACUAGACCUUAACUAGACUGCAUGUGGAGCUACUGUAAGGGGCACUUAAUUUCAAAAAUUCUCUGACCAAUUUAAAGAACCUACUCAAUUUUGGGUUCUCGCUCACAAGUUGGGGCCCUAUUAAGGUGGGGGCCCGAGGCGAUUUUCACCCCCUGCCCCCCUGCUUCUCCUGCCCCCCUCUUGGCGUCCCUGGGUAUCAUUGUUAAAUAGUUUCGUUCUUUAUAAAUUUAUUAGACGAUCACUAUAGUGUACUACUAUUCACGAUGGUACACUCUUCCAGAAAAUACGUCAUAUUGGCUAUUGAGCCUCGUUUUUGUGAUUGAGACGUUUGGGUUUAAUCGAUGUCACAUGUACGAAAACGAGGCUGUACAAUCAAAGUGACGUACUUUCCGGAAGGGUGUCCAGGCAUACCGGUCUUCAGGUUUGCGAAGUAAGUAAAUUAGUGGUUUCUCUUCUAGCAGAAUUACAAUGUUGAUGUUGUUGUAGGUUUGGGAUAGCUAUGGUCGAAUGUUGUAUUCCAGUUCUCCUCACGAGUAUCCAAUAACCAGCGUGGCAUGGGCGCCUGACGGUAUGCUCUUCUCUAUAAUUUCUUUUCAUUUUUUGUAUUUGCUAGACGAGAGCAUGGGCGCAUGCGCUGCCGCUGAGUUACUGUAAGCCUGCUACUGCUAGACAAAUAUUGCAAACUGUCUAAUUAUCAACAUUUUUACUAUGGAUUGAUAGUGACCGCUUGUACACAGUGACCUAAUCGAAUUUUAGAAAUUUAACAUCAAAUAUUUGGGAAGAUGUUUUGUGCACUUCGACAUUGAAAUUUUGACUGAAACUCAUUUUUUUAGGAGAACUGUUUGCAAUUGGGUCAUUCAACACUUUGAGAUUGUGUGAUAAAACAGGGGUGAGUUAAAUGUUUAAUAUGUGAUUAUGUUAAAAUCUUACAAUAGUUUUAACUAUUAAAAUCAUUCAAGUAAAGGGUACAUAAAUAAUGCGAGCAACAGAAUUACUACAGCCUGCAGCAAAAACUGAAUUCAAUUACCGUCGAAUGCCCACCACAGACAACGAGGCUUCGUGCAAAGUUGUAAUGUUUCUGUAGUAAAUUUAGCACGAAGCCUCAACAACUAGACUGUAAUUCGGAAAUGAGAAUAUUCACUUAAUAAAAUACAGCAUGCGUUGAAGUUAGCAUUUGUUGAGUUGCAGCAACUUGUUGCUGGUAAACGACGUGUGUUUCAAAAUAUAACUCACAUUUUGUUUUAUUUUCUAGUGGUCAUACGCCUUAGCAAAACCUAGUACAGGAUCAUUAUUUAACAUCGCUUGGUCCAGUGAUGGCACACAGUUGGCUGGCGCAUGUGGAAAUGGACACGUUCUAUUUGCUCAUAUCAUAGGAAGGUACGUCCCGGCAAGAUCACGAUAAAGAUCUUGGCAUUAAAGAUAUUGUUGAAAUCCUGCAAAAAUUUGUCACUGUCUUACCGUGAUCUUGUAGAAAAUCCUUCACGUUUUUGCAACUAAUGCCAUACCUUUCCAUGUUCUUGUAAUAAUGAAUGGCAGCGUAGGUAGUGCCAAUAAUAACAAAAAGUUAACUUCCCGACGGGCCAUUAAGACCUAAAGACCUUCGCUCGAUUCGGAACAUGCUAAGAUCUUGCCUUAAUAGAUUUCUAUAUGUAAGAGGGAGAGUAACGUUGAGACAAGUCACUUCAUGAUAUUCAGUUUGAUAUUUUCUUCUAUAAGACGUUUGGAAUGGAAGAAUUUGGAACUGACGAUCUCUCAAAGAAAAACAAUAUUAGUGAAGGAUGUGUCCAGUGAUGCGAAAGAGAGCUUAGGUGAGACUGUGCAUUUUGCUGGUUGGCUCUGUUAGUGACUAUUAGUACCAUCCCUAAUAUCAUUGAAGUGUUACUACAAGAGGAAACCGAAGAAAAACAUUUUCAAUGGAAUGGAACUGGGAGUAUAGCAGUUUACAUUCUUCUCUCGUGCGAUUGAAGCAAAACAUUUAUUAGGAUGGUAAUAAUAAUAAUAGAAGGUUUAUUAAAAUACUUUCGCAAUAGUGGUGAAUUACAGUAUCUUCUGGUUGACUAAAAUAUUUACAAUGUUUUAAAAGAUUAUACUACAAUAUUAAUCAUGAUUGUUAUGUAAUUCUAUAUAUAUUAUGAUUAUAAUUUCGCUUCAAUCGCAUGUGAGAUUGCAAAAAAGUUUUCAAAACGUCAUAUUUUCCUAAUCGAAGCCCAGUGAAGGACAGACGUGUGCACUAACUGUGCCCGCAACACUUCUUUAAAGAUGUUUGUGUACAUACAGUACUUACCAUUUUUAGCCUGUAAUUAUGAUCUAAAUUCUAUUUUAUAUCAAUGCUCAAUGAUACAACUUGUUUUAUAUUUAGAUUUUCGUGAUCGAGUCAUCAAGGCAUCUUUAGCGUUUAGUCAUCUGGUUGUCACAACAUCUUCUCAGUGUUAUGUCUACAGGUGGGGUUUAUUGAUGAAAGUUUUUAGGUCAUACGUUAUGUUAGUAAAAUUGGUUCGUUUGUCACUUCAUCUUAUAUGUAUCUAAUAGUCUUCGUUUCUUGACAUUUUAACAGUGUGAAUAAUUGGAACACACCCACAAUAUUUGAUCUGAAAAACGGAAGUACGAGCUUGAUCAUCCAGUCUGCAAAGUAAGUUUUCUUACGUAGAGGUUGCAUGUGCACAUGUUUCAAGAAAUAAGGUAAUAAAAUAAUUUUGUUUUCCAACAUAUUUUAUGCUAAUUUCUAUUUUGAAAUACAUCUUUUAUAUAUUAAACUAAAAAACAAAUUCACUUUAAAUGGACUACUGUGAUUUAUUAAUUGGUCUGUUUUUGUAGAUAUUUUCUUCUUGUUGAUGAGACUGGAGUUCAAAUAUAUUCCUAUGAGGUUUGUACUUCCUUUAUUAAUUAUUAUUCUCUGAUUCACUGCUUUAUGUGUUGUAGCACAUAGCUUGUAAAAUUUGUUAAUAAUCUUUUGUCUGUGGUGUCUGUAUUAGAGAGGUUUUCGUAUUAUAGAGAUGUUCGUAUUAGAGAGGUGUUCGUAUUAAAGAGAUGUCCUUAUUUGAGACGUGUUCGUAUUAGAGAAAUUUCCGUAUUAGAGAAAUGUUCGUAUUAGAGAGGUGUUCCUGUUAGAGAGGUGUUCGUAUUAGAGAGGUGUUCGUAUUAGAGAGGUUGUCGUAUUAGAGAGGUGUUCUUAUAAGAGAGAUGUCCGUAUUAGAGAGGUGUUCUUAUUAGAGAGGUGUCCGUAUUUGAGAGGUGUCCGUAUUAGAGAGGUGUACUUAUUAGGGAGAUGUCCAUAUUAGAGAGGUGUUCGUAUAAGAGAGAUGUUCGUAUUAGAGAGGUGUUCUUAUUAGGGAGGUGUCCGUAUUUGAGAGGUGUUCGUAUUAGAGAGAUGUUCGUAUUAGAGACGUGUUCUUAUUAGAGAGGUUUCCGUAUUUAAAAGGUGUUCGAAUUAGAGAGAUGUUCGUAUUAGAGAGAUAUCCGUAUUAGAGAAAUGUCUGUAUUAGAGAGAUGUUUGAAUUAGGGAGAUAUUCGUGUUAGAGAGAUGUCCAUAACAACUGUGCAAUUUCUAUGUUCUUAUGUAGGGUCGUCUUGUGAGUACACCCAAACUUCAAGGAUUGCGACCUGACUUACUAAAUGAACAAACACUUUCUCUAAGCAAUGAUAUACUGGCUGUCAGAGAUCAGAAAGAUGAGAAAGGUUGGUGACAAACUGAGGUUUUCAUCUUCUGCGCAGAUAUGGUCUUUCUAAACCGUAGUAAUCCUUCACUUAAAACAGUGUUAGUUAAUUUUAAUUUCAUUUCUUAAAUAAAUUGACCUUCUGAUGGGUUCCAAUACACAUAAAUUAUAUUAUCUGCGUAGUGUGUAUGUAUAGCGUGCUAAAAGUAAGCUUUAGUCUCUCAGUAAGCUUUAGCCUUUAAGUGGCAGUCCCGCUAAGAGCGGUCCGAUGACUUUGCCUUCGGAAAAUAGAUUUCCUUUAUUUUUUGU